AUGUAUUAUCAUGUAAAAAAAAUGUUUUAGUCAGAAGUUAUGUGUCAAACUAAUCAAUUAACCGAAGAAAAUAAUAAAUUACUGAAAGAAUUGCAACGGGUACGCGAAAUGAAUGAAAAUUUACUGUCAACGAUUGAUGGUUUAAAACGGUUACAUGUUGCCAGGAAAUCGGAAUGCAAGUGUGAAGCUAACAAAUUAUCUGAAGAAAAUAAGAAAUUACUUAAAGAGUUGCAACGCGUACGUGAAAUGAACGAAAAUUUGUUGUCGACAAUUGAUGGUUUAAGAACACAGUUACAUGUUGCUAGUAAAGUUACGUCUGAAGAAGUGAUUAAAUUGAACAAAACAGUAGAUGUACUUCAGAAGGCUUUGGAAAGAGGCAAACUGCUACAUGAAGAGGAAGAACAGAAUAAAAGUGCCGAAAUUAGUAAACAACAUAGAAAUAUUCAAGAACUUGAAAAAUGCGUUUGUACGUUGCAAAACCAAUUACAAAUUAAACACGGUGAUAUUUCUACAUUAAGUAAUAGAAUUAAAGAAUUGGAACGAUAUGGCAACGACGUAGAACAAGAAAGUUCCAAGGCGUCUAAAGAUGUUGACGUUUUAAAAAGUAGAAUCAAAGAACUGGAAAACUAUACAUUAGAAUUACAAUCAAAAGGAAAGUUGUGCAAGAUAUGCAAGCAAAACGUCAGGGUCAGCUUUACUGAUUGUUCAGAGGUUCAAACAGACGGGCGGGAACCAACACACGAACAAUUAGAAUUGUUACUGAAUCGGGAUGAACUAAUUAAAUAUCAAAGUAGUACGUUGGAAAAGAUGCAGCAAGAAUUGCAAAAUGUAUGUGAGCGGGAGAAAGAAUUGUUAGCCGAAAAGCAGACGUAUUGUAAAGAAAAUUGUUCGUUACAAAAUAAAUUGUUGAUAUUGGAGAGGAAAUUAAAUGAAGCCGAGAGGACAGCUCAAGAGAUAUCAAAUAAGGAGGAAAUAAUAAAAAAACAAAAAGAAGCCUUAAACUUACUACAAAGAGAAACGGAAUGUUUACGAACGGCAGAAGCAGAAAUGCGAACAAAAAAUCAAGAGUGUUGCGCGUGCAUACAGCAAUUGAAAAAUAAAGUUAACGAGUUGGAAAUAUCCGUUGAGAAUGCGGAAAAGCGAGGAAAUAAUUUACAAACAGCUGUGGAUCUUUACAUGAAUACCAUAAAUGUAUUAGAGGCUACGGAGGAAAAAUAUAAAUUAGAGAUAGACAAUCAGCGUACAACGAUCAUCAAUCUUCAAGAUGUACUGGUCGCUACAAAACAAGAACUGAACGAAUACAAACAAAAAUACGAUGACAGUGAAGAAGACCAGCGGACGUUAAUAAUACAGUUUGUUCAAUUGGUAACUGCCAGUGAGAUGGAAAAGGAACUUUUAAAAGAUCAGGUUCACGAGUUGUCCGAAAAAUAUGAAAAACUACAAGACUUGAAUUUUAACAUAGAAAUUGAACAUUGUAACAGUCUUCAAGAUGUAGAAGGUUUGGAUAUUCAACUAUUUAAAUAUCAAACUGUGCUAAAAACUACUGAGGAAGAAUUGCAAAUUUGUAAAUCUAAUAUAAAGAAAUUGCAGAAACAAAAAAGGAAUUUUGAAAAAGUUGUUGGCUAUUUUAAAGAGGAGAUGGCAACCAUGUCGCAGCAACUUCAAAAUUUGCAAGAUUUGUUGAAUAUGUCCCAUGAAUCUUCUCAAAAGGAAGCAAACAAAUUGAUGGAAUCAUUAGUAAAUCUGCAACAAUUAAAUCAGAAAUUAUCUUUGCAACUUGCAGCUGCCGAACAAAAAGUAAUCCUCGAAAACCAAAUGAACCAACUAAACCAAACAAAAAUAUCAGAACUGGAAAGAAUGAUAGCAGAAAAAGAUGUGGAUCUGCAUAAACAUACAUCAACUAUAGAAACCAUAAAGAAAAGUCUACAAUCGUCUUUACAACAGAAUAAAGAAUUACAACAAACGAUAUCAUCUUUGAACCAAACUAUAAUGGAAUUUCAAGAAAUAGUUCGUAAAUAUGAAGAAGAUAACAAUAAAUCUAAAGAAAAUACCACACUCUGUAAAACCCAAAUAGGCGUUUGCAAGGAUAAACUCUUAGAGUUAAACGUUAUUCUGGAACGAAAAACAACUGAAUUAUGUACCUUGGAGUGCGCUUACAAUCAACAACACAAAUCCCUAAAAUCCUGUCAGAUUGAGUUGAACAAAUUCAAAGAAAAACAGAAGACGAAGCAACAGUACUUGAAGAGGGUGAUUGAACAGCUGAAAAUUCAAUUGUCGGCAGCUCAGGAUGCGCAUAAAAAGGUUGUUGAAAGACAUAACGCUGUAGAAAAGGAAUUGGAUGCAAUUAAAUGCAAAGAUUCUGCGAAAGAUGAUGAGGUUGACAAGUAUAAGAAGUUUGUAGGCGAAUUGAAAGUUACGUUGGUGGAAUUAAAUGAUUCUCUUAUAAAUCAAGAAUGUAGGUGCCAGGACGAAGAUUCUCCAGACCAAUCAACCAAUAAUUCGUUUGAAGAUGCAUCCAGUUGUUCAUGCGAAAUGGGAUAUUACCUAGGCAUAAUUGAAUCAGUAAAGAAAGCGACAAUACAGUUAAUGACGAAUCUGUCAGAUUCACAAAAACAAAACGUAAAACUAGAGAAAGAAAACAAACAUAAACAAUCUCAAAUAGAAGAGAUGGCAAAAGCUCAACUAGAAAGAGAUAAAAAAUACAAUGAACUCAAGCAAAAAUUAAUGGAUAUAUUAAAACACUCGCAAGCCGAAGAACAGCAUUAUAUAGAACUAACGAAAACUUUGCACAAAGAAAUCAAUUUGUUGAAAAACGAUCUGGAACAUAAAAUUAAACAAUUUAAAGAAGCCGAACGGAAUGCUGAAGAAGUCGCUAGCUCUAUUAGUAUGGAAUUGGCUGCCGCUAAUGAAGAAGUUGAAUUGUUGAAGGAGCAAUUGAACAAUUUGGUUAGACAGCAACGUGUCGUCAAUUCACAGAAUGAUCAACUUCAAAAUCAAAACGAAUUUCUGGAAUCAAAAGUAGCUACCCUGGAAGAAACAGGUGGCUCAUUGAGAACCCAAUUGGAACAGUAUUUGGUCGAUAUACAAAAAUUCCAGAGAGACAAUGAAACUCUACAACAGAAAAACCACGAUUUACUAUGCGAGCUUAGAUCCCUGCAUGCCUCGUUCGAAGCGGUCACCAGCCAAAAAAGGUAUAAAGAGGAUACUAUCAAAGACUUGGAAAACAAGUUAAACGAAGCUAAGAUAUCUAGAGACGAAAUAUGUUUCGAAAGUAAAAACGCUAUUAAUUACUUUAGACAGUGGCUACAGGAGCAAAACAGAAUCAAUAAGUAUAUUGUCUCUAAGGAGAAGAAUUAUUGUAAGACCAUUGAUAUGAUGAGACACCAAAUUGAGGAUAAGCAGAGUAUACCUUGCGAACGGAUGUAUGCCAAACCCAAAAAUAUGUCGCAUCUAACUUGUCAAGGUCCGUGCAGUUUAGGGUCACAGGGUAACGACAACGAAUCUAUAUACAGUAUCAGUCCUGUCCACAGUCCAUGUCCUCCAUGUCCUAAUCGGCGACAAGUUGAUGAUUGCGAUUGGUUCGCGGACACCUAUAAGAACGAUUCAGACUCAGAUGAAGAAGUAGAGGAAGACUGGGUAUCUAAGGUGGAAUGUUUGGCUGAUCAAGUGAAAAAGACUCAUAAAAUGUGGAAACAUAAAAUGGAAAAGUCUGAUUAUACUGUGACAAAAGACAGUAAAAAAUGAAUAAUGAAUUUUAAGUUUCGAGUGAUAUUUUUUAGGGUAGAGUGUAAUUUUUUAGCGUUUAUUGUACUACAUAUUGUUUAUAGCACUUUUUAAUUUUUCCAAAUCACUAGCACUUUUAUACUUUUUAUGAAAUAAAAUUUUAUAUAAAUGAA